CGAUUAUCUCUGGAUCCUCAGUACUGGCGAGAGCGGUGGUAAACAUGGCGUCGGAAGGGAUGAUUUUAACCAACCACGACCACCAAAUACGAGUUGGAAUUCUAACGGUGAGUGACAGCUGCUUCAGGAACCUGGCUGAGGACCGCAGUGGAGUAAACCUCAAAGAUUUGGUCCACGACCCAUCACUGCUCGGAGGCGUCAUAUCUUCCUACAAAAUAGUCCCAGAUGAGAUUGAUGAGAUUAAGGAGACAUUGGUGGACUGGUGUGAUGAGAAGGAGCUGAACCUGAUUCUGACCACCGGAGGAACAGGGUUCGCCCCCCGUGAUGUCACUCCCGAGGCCACCAGAGAGGUGAUAGAGCGCGAGGCUCCAGGGAUGGCCCUAGCUAUGCUGAUGGGCUCCCUUCAGGUCACACCUCUGGGCAUGCUUUCCAGGCCUGUCUGUGGAAUCAGAGGCAAAACCCUCAUCAUCAACCUACCUGGCAGCAAGAAGGGCUCACAGGAGUGUUUCCAGUUCAUCCUUCCAGCUCUGCCCCACGCCAUUGACCUGCUGCGGGAUGCGGUUGUGAAGGUGAAGGAUGUCCACGAGGCUCUGGAGGACCUGCCCUCACCCCCACCACCCCUCUCCCCGCCCCUCACCCUCAACAGCAUUGCCUGCACUCAGACAGAGGACAAGGGUGUGCAGUGUGAGGAUGAUGAUGAUGAUGAGGAUGAUGAGAAGAUGAAGGACAGAUGCUUGGUGUCCACCGAGGACCACCAUACCCACCACCACCACUCCCACUCCCAUGGACACAACUCACACAUCACCGCCGCCGCCAUCGCUGCCAAGAAGGGGAAGCCCCAGCACCAUAACCAUGCUGUUGUCAUGGCUAAAGGUAGCCAGUAUCUACCUGGUCUGGUAUCGAACCUCCCCCCUGCCCCACCUCAUUACACCUGCUCCUGCUCUGGAGACCAGCCGGUAAUGAUCCCAGACAGCAUAAUCUCUAGGGGUGUGCAGGUUCUUCCCAGAGACACAACUUCUCUGAGCACCACGCCCUCCGAGUCGCCACGCGCCCAGGCCACCUCGCGCCUCUCCACUGCCUCCUGCCCCACACCCAAAGCCCGGCUCCCCUCCUGCUCAUCCACUUAUAGUGUCUCAGAGGUUCAGUCACGGUGUGGCAGCAAAGAGAACAUCCUGAGAGCUAGUCACAGUGCAGUAGACAUCACCAAGGUGGCUCGCCGGCACCGCAUGUCUCCCUUCCCCCUCACCUCCAUGGAUAAGGCCUUCAUCACUGUACUGGAAAUGACCCCUGUGCUCGGCACUGAGAUCAUCAACUACAGAGCUGUUCCACCUGCCCCAGAUGCUCUCCAUUCCAUCCUGUCUAUCGAUGGGAUGGGUCGAGUCUUAGCUCAGGACGUCUAUGCCAAAGACAACCUGCCUCCGUUCCCUGCAUCAGUCAAAGAUGGCUACGCCGUGCGAGCGGCCGACGGUCCUGGAGAUCGCUUCAUCAUUGGGGAGUCACAGGCAGGACAGCAGCCGACCCACACAGUGAUGCCGGGCCAGGUGAUGAGGGUGACAACAGGGGCUCCUAUCCCCUGUGGGGCGGAUGCUGUAGUGCAGGUGGAGGACACUGAGCUGCUUCGAGAGUCUGACGACGGCACAGAAGAGCUGGAAGUGCGGAUCUUGGUACAGGCACGUCCUGGACAGGACAUCAGGCCUAUAGGUCAUGAUAUAAAGCGUGGGGAAUGUGUCCUGUCCAAGGGUACCCACAUGGGCCCUUCUGAGAUUGGCCUGCUGGCCACCGUAGGAGUCACUGAGGUGGAAGUGCAGAAGUUCCCAGUGGUGGCUGUCAUGUCAACUGGCAAUGAGCUGUUGAACCCAGAGGAUGACCUGCACCCAGGGAAGAUCAGGGACAGUAACAGAUCUACACUGCUGGCCACCAUUCAGGAACAUGGCUACCCUACCAUCAACCUGGGCAUCGUCGGAGACAACCCAGACGACCUCCUUAAUGCCCUGAACGAGGGGAUCAGCCGUGCUGAUGUCAUCAUCACCUCAGGAGGUGUGUCCAUGGGAGAGAAGGACUAUCUGAAGCAGGUGCUUGACAUUGACCUCCACGCCCAGAUCCAUUUUGGACGGGUCUUUAUGAAGCCAGGUCUCCCCACCACGUUCGCCACUGUAGACAUUGACGGGGCACGGAAACUGAUAUUUGCCCUACCAGGUAACCCAGUGUCUGCGGUCGUCACCUGUAACCUCUUCGUCAUCCCUGCUCUGAGGAAGAUGCAGGGGAUCUUGGACCCUCGGCCCACCAUCAUCAAAGCCAGGCUUUCCUGUGAUGUAAAGUUGGACCCUCGUCCAGAGUACCACCGCUGCAUCCUGACAUGGCACCACCAGGAGCCUCUGCCAUGGGCACAGAGCACAGGAAAUCAGAUGAGUAGUCGACUGAUGAGCAUGAGGAGUGCCAACGGGCUGCUGAUGUUGCCUCCUAAAACAGAGCAAUACGUGGAGCUGCAUAAAGGAGAGGUUGUGGACGUGAUGGUCAUAGGACGACUAUGAUGAUGUCAUCUUACGGGGACAGAUAGAUAGGCAGGGAGAGAAAGUGGUGCAUGUCCACAUAUCAUAACUAUUCUGUAAUAUGCAAUGGCACAGCUAGUUUUUAUUGAUUUGGAUAGUAAAGUUCAUAAAGGAUAAUUAACCAACAUCUCAAACACAAAGUAAAUGAGUACAUACAUUUGAGUACAUACAUUAAUCAUGAAAUCUGAAUUUGAAAAGAUCAUUGUAUUUCAAAGAAAGACAAAAUGUUAUACCUUUUAAAAGUGAAAAAAUAAGAGAUUUAUUCUGUAAUAUAUUAUAUUAUUAUAAUAAUAAUUAUUAUUGUAAUUAUUAAUAUUAUAUUGUCAUAUUAAGCAACUCUGUUUCUCUUUCAUCCUCGCAAUUGCUUUGUGUGUUCAACCCUAGAUAGAUAGAUAGAUAGAUAGAUAGAUAGAUAGAUAGAUAGAUAGAUAGAUAGAUAGAUAGAUAGAUAGAUAGAUAGAUAGAUAGAUAGAUAGAUAGAUAGAUAGAUAGAUAGAUAGAUAGAUAGAUAGAUAGAUAGAUAGAUAGCAGUAGCAUUUCAAUAACAAGCUGUAGGUGCUAAAAAAGAAAAAUACAAACAAAAUACUAUUUUCUUAUCUCACAAAAAAAAAGAUAGAAAAUAUAUCUCUUCUUUUUGAACAACGAAAACCCUUUUGAGAUAAUGUCAGAAGUCCCUCUUGGGGUAUGUCCUGAUUCUCCACCCUUCUCCUGAAGUGUACACUUGCACACUCCCCGUCAUUUUUAAAGGCAUUGGAUUGGUGAAGGUAGGCAUUGACUGGAGGGAGUUUCCACAAUUACUAGAUCCAUGCAAGAAAGUAUGUAGGAAUAGAGUGAAGAAUCAGGAUGUAGCCUUGGUGCUCUGGCUUAUUAGGAGUGUUUUCAGGGUCCUGAGGGUGCUUUUAGCUAUCUUUCCCCUCCCUUUAGUAUUCUUCUUCUCUUCUAUGCGUCAUUAUAUGGGCUUUAUAAUGCCUCAUAAUGGCUUCACACACAGCUUUGCUUGUCGUUUCUCUUGUGAGUCGUGUUUGUGUGCAGUUGCCAAAAGUGGUGGGUAUCUUGGGCCAAAAGUCAUAGGGUCAUCAUGAUGAGACCUGGGCCUGUAUUCAUAAAGUGGCUCAGAGUAGGAGUAGUGAUCUUGGACCAGGUCCCCCCGUCUAUAUAAUCUUAUUCAUUAUGAUAAACUGAUCCUAGAUCAGCACUCCUACUCCUCUAUGAAUACAGGCCUUGAAGGUGGAGAAAGGCAGCGUGUGGCCUGCCAGUGCCCCCUAGGCUGACUGUUUCCCCUAGCUGCCCCCCAGCUGCCCCCCAGGCCCACUAGCUGCCCCCCAGGCCCACAAGCUGCCCCCGAGUCCCCCUAGCUGCCCCCCAGGCACCCUAGCUGCCCCCUAGCUACACCCCAGGCCCACUAACUUCCUUCCAGGCUGACCGUUCCCCCUAGCUGCCCCCUAGCUGCCCCACAGGCCCACUAGCUUCUUCAUAGUCUGACCUGGUACUGAAGUCCCACCCAGAGACAUGUGUAUUCUUUCACAUAUCUAAAUAUAUGCCUCUGGUCCCACCCUGUCCCCUGCCCUUCUACUUUACCAACACCGCCUGUCUCCCCCCCACCCUCACCUCUCCAGGACUGCUCACCUCACACAUACUAGUACAGAUAUGUGAGGGAACUGGAGGAGGGUGGAAACUUGGUCUUUUAUUUGUUUAAUUUCAGAAGGAAGAAACAGCUUAUUUAAAGUGCUGACUGCCUUUUUAACAACUAUUCAAACAAUGUACAGAAAAAUACAUGAAUACAAAAGAGUGAUAUUGUACAGAUUAUGGUGACCAGCAAUCCUGAUUAAAUUAAUGAAGCAAUGGGGAGAUAUUGAACUCUGUACUAUAAACGUUUUCUGUAAUAUUGAUGAAACUAAUGAAAAAUUAAAAAUCCAUGAUCAUUAUGUAAAA